AUGAACGUAAACGUUGCACCUGGAAGCUGGCAGACGGAUGGAAUUUAUAUUUUACCAAUAAUUUGCAAAAUGGUUUGAUUGCAGGCAAACAUUUUAGAAAUUGCAUGACACGGAAGGAUGGAGAACGUUCAGAAUCUUCCCAUUGACAUACAAACCAGCAAACUCCUGGACUGGCUGGUGGACCGGCGGCACUGUAGCCUGAAGUGGCAGACCGCAGUGACGGCCAUUCGUGAGAAGAUCAACACUGCCAUCCAGGACAUGCCCGAGAAUGAGGAGAUCAAGCAGCUGCUAUCUGGAUCUUUCAUCCACUAUUUCCACUGUCUGCGGAUUGUUGAGAUCCUGAAGGGCACAGAGGCCUCCUCAAAGAAUAUAUUCGGCAGGUAUUCCUCACAGAGGAUGAAGGACUGGCAAGAAAUAGUGUCCCUGUAUGAAAAAGACAAUGCCUACCUUGCGGAGGUUGCCAGCAUCCUGGUGCGCAGUGUGAGCUAUGAGGGUCCAGCCCUGCGCAGGCAGGUGGCCAAGGCGCAGCAGCUGCAGCAGGAGCUGAGUCGACGGGAGCUGGAGUGCCAGAGCAGGGCGGCGGACAUGAGAGAGCGAUUCUACGCCUCCUGCAAGCAGUACGGAAUCAAGGGUGAGAACGUGGCACGGGAGCUGCAGGCGCUGGUGAAGGACAUGCCCACUGUGCUGGGGGAACUGGGGAAGGAGGCAGCCAGCCUGGAGGAGCCCAUCCAGCUGUACGGUGCCUUCACCAGCUUCGUCUGCGACUGGUCUGAGCCUGUAUUACCCAUGCUGACCUUCGCCCAGCAGAAGGGGAACACAACGGUCUAUGAGUGGCGGGUGGGCAGCCCUCCCGCUGUCGUCGAAAGGCCCAUAGUGGAGGAGGCACCCUCAGACACCGUCACCGAGGACACGAUCGACUGGGGGGACAGCGGGGAGGGUGCAGGAGGUGUGCAGGAUUUUGGGAUAGUGGUGGAGGAUGGUGUGGACUGGGGCAUCAGCCUCGAGCCCAGCACAGAGGAGGCUAGCUCAGAUGGCAUUGACUGGGGAGAGGUUGAUGCUGCACCUGUGGAGAUUGAAGUUGUGGACGUGGGCACUGAUUGCCCGGAGGGUGUGGCCCGGGGGGAGGACGCCCUCUCUUUGCUGGAGAACCCCCAGACGCGAGGCCAGUUCAUCGAUGAGCUCAUGGAGCUGGAGGUGUUCCUGUGCCAGAGGCUGAGCGAGAUGGCUGAGGAGGGAGACGUGGUGGCCAUGAGCCAGUUCCACCUGGCGCCCACAGUCAUCCAGGCGCAGACGCGGGAGCGGGUGGAGGGCAUGCUGAAAGCAGUGCGCUCCCUGCUGGACCGGCUGACCAACAUGCGCAUGCAGCACCUCUUCAUGAUCCAGGCCUCGCCACGGUAUGUGGAGCGGGUGUCGGAAGUCCUGAGGCAGAAGCUGAAGCAGGCUGACAUUCUGGUGCUGAAGCAGGCCACGCUAGUGGAGCGCCGGCAGGAAGCCCUGGAGGAGCAGGCCAAGCUGGAGCCUCGCAUCGACCUGCUGGCCGUCCGCACGCACAACCUGCAGAGAAUGAUUGAAUCUGACAUCUCCAAGCGCUACAACAACAGGCCUGUAAACCUGAUGGGCGUCAACAUCUGAGCACCGGAGACUCCCUCACACCCAGCGCCACGGCCCCACCAGCUCCCGGCUGCCAUCUCUUUCCCAUGAAUAAAUUAUUGUAAUUUUGAUAUCAAGGUUUUGUGAAAUGUGUUCAAUUGAUUAGCCCUGCGCAGAGUUCCGCCCCACACAUAUCUCCCUUGCUAGAAGCCUCUACCCCUAUUUUUUUGCUGUGAAGAUGACCUGGUUGUGUUUCACUACUCUGGUUAUGUUUUUGUCUCCUGAUUUGGUCUGGGCAAUAUACGUUCCCUGUGUCUCCUUUUGUGAUCAGCCUGCCAAAACACAGGUUUUAAACAUUUUGAUGUACAAUAACCUGACAGCUGACACAGGGAACGAAACUGGCACAAACAGGAUUUUUGAACAAGCACGCGCUGUAGUAAGCACAGUUUCCUUGUCAGUUGAGCUAGCAUCAAAAACGCAGCGAGUAGGUAAAAUGAGCGCAUGUUCCUGUGAUCUUUUCCUUUAUUGGCAUUCUCAUGAGUUUGCCACAGGUGCAGCGUGGUGUGAUAAUCAGCAGCUGCUUAGAUGCAGCACUCUGAAGCAUGCUGUUGCCUGGGAAGAAACUCGUCAAUGUGCUUGCGACCAACAGCAGUGUUUGUUCUGCCAAAAGAUGCCCUGAGCACUUCUGACCACAUUAAGCAUUUACACCCCGUGGGGGGGCUAUGACAAGUGUUCGUUAACCCCCCAUGCCGUGCGGCUCUCCCCAGGCAGUCAUGUGGUCAGUUCCCCCUGCAUAGGCACAAUGCCACCCGUGCUUCCCCAGUAUUCCUGCCAGGGGCAGGAAGGGAGCUGAGGCGGCAGUAGGACAUUAGUGGCAAUACAUACAGCUGAAAUCGGCUCAUCUCCAUAAAUCCCUUCGCGUCCUAAUGUGCUGUUGAAGACUCCUCCGCAGUUGGUCCCCAGCUCCUUAGUCAUCACUGCUGUUUUUUCUGCACUUUUGUUUUUGAAGCGUUCUUGCCAGAAAGCCUUCCCUGUCCUUUCAAGGUGGAUAUGUUGCCAGAGGUGUGUAAUAUCUAAUACAGCUGCUUAUUGCUGAUGCCCCCGCCCCUUUCCACAACAUUACAUGAUAUUGGAAUGACUCAGGACAACUGCUGCUUUGGUUUGAGGCAACAGUUGGGGCCUGGUGCUUUACCAUGCCACUGGGGGCUUGAAAUGGGAAAUAAACAUUCUAACAUGAAAAUAAAUGACAGUGAUUCAAAUGUCAGAAUUAGACUUAACAUUUGUUAGGCUUGCAGUUUGCUGUGAGUCUAAUAACAGGGUCCUGUGUAAAUAAACAUCCAACUACUAUCUUAACAAUAGCUGGUCAGUUCCAUGAAUGUCAUUUCAAACUAGCUCACUGUCAGUGUCAUGAAUGGUAUUUAAAAACAAAGUGUGUGAGAGCAGAACAGUGAGUGAUAUGUAGCU